AUGUCGGUUCUCGAAAAGCGUGCCUCCAACGAGAUCGUCGCUGCGUCUUCGAGCGACAUCGAAGAGCGACACGCGCUGGGACUUCACCAUGGUCCUCCGCCUUUCCGCUGGGCGUCCCUCUGGGAACCCGCCCAGAUCAACCCGCUCAAUGGCAAGAGCUAUACACUGCCCAUCCUACGCCUGACCGAUCAAUACUCCAUCAACUUCCACCUCGCAUGGCUCGGCUUCUUCGUCGCAUUCCUCUCAUGGUUUGCCUUCCCACCACUCAUUCCGGAGGCCAUCAAGAAAGACCUGAAACUCACGACGGCGCAAGUCGGUAACUCGAACAUCAUCGCGCUGCUGGCGACGCUCGUCUGCCGCUUCGCGACGGGUCCGCUGGUGGAUCGCUUCGGCCCGCGGUAUUGCAUGGCCGCUCUCCUCGUCGCCGGCGCCAUCCCGUCUGGCUUGGCCGGUACUAUCUCCUCGGCCGGCGGUUUGUACGCCGUACGAUUCUUCAUCGGCAUCCUCGGCGCAACAUUCGUCCCCUGCCUCGCCUGGACGACCGCGUUCUUCGACAAAUCAAUCGUUGGGACUGCGAACAGUUUCGUUGGCGGCUGGGGAAACCUUGGCGGAGGCGUCACCUUCGUUGUACAAGUCGCGACCUUCCAGUCGCUCAUGAACCGCGGUCUCACUUCGCACAAGGCCUGGCGCGUCUGCUUCGCCGUCGUUCCCGUCCCCAUCCUCCUCUUCGUCGCUACCGCGACUCUCGUCCUCGGCACAGACUGCCCCGCGGGCAAGUGGUCCGCCCGGCACACGCUUCCUGCGACGGCAGUUGCCGCCCGCCAAGGUCACCUCGCCCAUCUCGACGCCUCCGAGCGUGCCGUCGUUGAGCGCAAGGCUCGCGAGAAGGCGCAAGGAUCGGCGCACGUCCAGCCGGCCGACGACGAGGAAGACGCGCUCGCCGAGAUCCCGCUCGAUGUCGCCGUCAACGAGCCCUUGACGUUCAAGACUUUCCUCAGGAUGAUCUCGCAACCCUACACCUGGCUGCCGACCUUGAUGUACAUGACGACUUUCGGCUUUGAGCUCGCCGUCGACGCCAACAUCGCUUCCGUACUUGUCGCCAACAACAAGCUGACGCAGCUCGAAGCUGGCUACUACGGCUCGACCUUCGGCUUCCUCAACUUGGUUACUCGACCGUUCGGCGGCUACCUCGCCGACCGCCUCUACGCUCGCUACGGUCUCAAGGCGAAGAAGUACGUGACGAUCGUGCUCGGCGUCCUCGAGGGCGCGAUGUCGAUUGCUUUCGGCGCCUACACUCUCACCAAGCACAACGCUGGUGUCGCACCAAGCAUCAGCGUCCAGAUGGGCGUCGUUACGUUGAUGGCCAUCUUCUCCGAGGUCGCCAACGGAACGAACUUCUCACUCGCUCCUCACUGCAACCCCUUCUCGAACGGCUUCACGACGGGUCUCGUCGGCGCGUUCGGCAACCUCGGCGGUAUCUGGUUCGCGCUGGUCUUCCGCUACCAGGUCGCGAAGGGCUACUCGAACGCCUGGAUCAUCUGCGGAGCGGUCGCCGUCGGCGUCAACCUCUUCUGCAUCCUCCUUCCGACGCCCAAGAAGUGA